UGUGGGGACCAAGGAAACUUGUUUCAGCACCAUGGUUAGCGGACGGAUCGUUCUUAUUGCUGCUGCUUCUGCCCUGUCUUUCAUUCUCACAAGCUGUGAUGACUCACUUGACGGUCGCUCUUUGGAGAGUGCCACAAAAACACAGGAGGAGAACAAUUUGAUAGAGGCACUGCAAGAGGUUCUUGAGAAGUUAAAGAAUAAACAACUGCCACAAACUGGAAAAAAGUUUAGCCUACUUCCUUCGUGUGAUGCAGGUGAGCAGUGUGCAGUACGUAAAGGUGCAAGAGUUGGCAAGUUAUGCGGCUGUCCACAAGGAACAUCAUGCCACUUUUUUAUUUUGAAAUGCCUAUAA